GCAUGCGCACCACCUUCACUGCGGCCGCUCCCUUCUCUGGGAGUCUGGGCUCCUUUCCUAUCGCCUGCCCCGCCCAGGCGGCUGCCCGUGACCUGCCUGGGCGCAGGGAACGGAAAGCCGGAAGGGGCAAGACGAGUUCAUUCGCCAUGGGGCUGUUUGGGAAAACCCAGGAGAAGCCGCCCAAAGAGCUGGUCAAUGAAUGGUCAUUGAAGAUAAGAAAGGAAAUGAGAGUUGUUGACAGGCAAAUAAGAGAUAUCCAAAGAGAAGAAGAAAAAGUGAAACGGUCAGUGAAAGAUGCUGCCAAGAAGGGUCAGAAGGACGUCUGUGUGGUUCUAGCCAAGGAGAUGAUCAGGUCAAGGAAGGCUGUGAGCAAGCUCUAUGCUUCCAAAGCUCACAUGAACUCUGUGCUCAUGGGGAUGAAGAACCAGCUGGAUACUGAAGACACUAAUAAUGGAUUGGGAAGGACCAAAAAAAACCCCAAAAAACCCAACCAUACCACAUCAUCUUAA